CAAGUCAUAAUAUCAAGUAGAUUUGGGAAAUGUUACCAUUACAAUGAUCAGAAUCCACAAGAUAGCAUGGUUGGUGCAUAGACCACAAUAGUCUAGAGCAGUAACUUUUCUCAGGGCUGCAUGGAUUCUAGGAUGAAUGAGCACAAUCCUAUAUACCCUUUAUAGAGUGUUUUAUAGAUAGGAUGAAACGUUUUGUUGAGAGUAGCAACUACUAAUUUGUGUUAAAUUAUCUUGGCUGCAGAUCUUUUCCAAAAAGACUGGUUGAUACUUUUCUCCCAAACCAUUUGUCAAGUUCUUCAAACACAGAUAGCUGCAAUUGGUAUGUUGUCUGCAUUCAGAUGUUGCUACGGAAAGCAUAUGGCUUAGAUGUCUCGAUAACCAACCACACAAGGGCUUCUCUCUUUCCCUGGAGGCCAAUGAGAUGGGGGCACAGAAGCACUUUGAACAUUGAAGCUGUAAGUUAAAGCCAAACUGCUUGAAAAGAGAAAUAAAAUAUUUGAGAGACUUGGGCUAGCAUUCUGUCCAUGACAUAUGAGAACACAAGCAUUUUCAUAUAGGCUGUUGCACUUCUAGGAUGUUAUGCAAGGGUUGUAUCCUGAUUAUGGCUGUUGAAACAGGGACACAGUCUUGAUGAUGAUGAUGAUGAUGAUGAUGAUGAUGAUGAUGAUGAUGAUGAUGAUGAUGAUGAUGAUUUAAUUUACGCCCCGCCUUUUUCCCCAAGGGGACACUCUUGAAUAUGUGUCUGUUAAUGUACUUUGGAGCUGAUCAUCCAUUCCAUGGUAGGAGAAUACAUCCAGAAUGACAUAAGUUACAUAUUAAUGGUAAGAUCUAUCAUAUCAAUGGCAUAGCAUACAUACCCAUGGUGUAACUCCAGAUGAAUAACUUUAUUCUAUGCAUCCCUUCUAUGGGAUUUUGACCUUGGGUGUCAGGGUGCAAUAAAGAACAGCAUCAUCAAAGCUGGUCUUUUCGCAACCUGACUACAAGAGGACAGAGGAAGGAGACCAUUUGGCGGGAUAGGCUGAUUUAUGACAGGGUCUGGUCUUCAAACGUGGGAAAGGACAAAAGGAAAGGGAGGUGUGGAUGGAGAAGGAGGAGGGGGGAGGCAACAACCCCAUAUACUGAAGGGAAAAGCGGAAGAGGGUCAGUAAAAGCUUUUGCAGUCAUCUUGGCAAGGCGGAUUCAAUAAAGUUUUCCAUUGCGACCAGCGGUGUGAGCCUAUUUCUUGGGUCCUACACCUUCCAGGAACGGACAUUAAGCUUUUACUCCCUUUUUUUUUUCCCGGCUCAUCCCGUGAGGAAAGGUCUCUCCGGUGAGAGCAUGAACCCUGAUGGAGGAGAAGCCAUGAAGGAAUUCCUCUUCCUGGAAGAAGAACAGGCGAACCCUCGAGGUGCCGAGGAGUUGAGAGAGGAAGGGAACCCAUCGCCCGCGUUGAGCGAAGGGGGGACAGACCCCUCGGACCCAUCGUGGAAGCCGCUGACCUCCACCCAGUUACCCGCAGGCAGGGGAGUGACAGUGAGACGGAAGAUCCAGAUGGGAGGCGAUUGGCAGCGAGACGGAGAGGGAGCCCCGGAGAUGAGAAGGAUGGAGAGGAGAUUAGAUGCCAUGGAGAAAAUGUUUGAAACUUUCUCUCGACAGAUGGAUCUGAUGCAGCGGCAGGUAAACGAGUCCUGGAGGGCGACAGUCGAGCAACGGGAGCAGAGGAGAGGGCUGCCCGGGAGAGGCACUGAACCCCGUCCCUUUGCCGGGGAGAGUCCACAGGACUAUGAGGAUGAGAUGCCUCAGCAGGGGACAUCAGUUUUCCCCACGGGCCUGUCAGGAAGGAGCCAAAUGCCUGGGAAGGGAGAAUUUCGGGUGAAGUUCAACGGGGACCCCAAACAGCUGUCUUAUUUCAUUACAAACGUAAGACACUUCAUGGAGGAUUUUGGGGACCAAUUCCCUUCAGAAAGCGCAAAAAUCCACACGGUGGGGGCAAACUUGAAAGAAGCAGCUGCAGACUGGCUAAUGCAGAUGUAUGAUACUGGUGCCCGGGAGCUGGCCUGCCUGGAGGAUUUCCUGAGAGCCCUCCGUGAGAGAUUCGAAGACCCUUUGGCAGAGGAGAGGGCGAAGGCCCAACUCAAAAGGAUAUACCAGGGAGGAAGGACGGUGUCAGAAUACGCCCUGGAAUUUAAAGCCACAGCGGGGAAGAUUAGGGACUGGUCCGACACCACCAAACUGGAAUAUUUCAGGGCUGGUUUACGCUCUGAGGUGCUCGAGUGGGCUUUACACAGAGGAAAUCCAAGAGACUUGGAGGACUGGAUUUUGCUAGCGGGGCGCGUGGAGGUGGACCAACAGCAAAUCUCUCGUCGUCCAAGGGAGAGCAACAGAAUCAAACCCCCGACAGCAGCAACACGGCGCUUCUCCCCUCGUCGCGGAAGGUCGACCAGCAGGGAGAGGAGAGCAGGGAGGGGGGCCUGCUUCGCUUGCGGCCGCGAGGGACAUCGAGCGGCAGAGUGUCCGAAAGGGACAGGCGUGGAGACAAGAGGAGAGAGGCUUCACAGCCAGAAGCCACCCCACCAGAGCUCCAAACUAGCAAAAGGGAAAGCUGCCAUGGCAACGGAAACGGCUUUAGCCCCAGGGCAGCUUCAGGCAGAAGAGAUGGAGGAAGCGGAGGACCUGGAGUUACCGGGAAACGACUGGGAUCUGUUUUGAAUGCCCGGAGACAGAUCGAACCACCAGAGGGCGACGGGGGUGAGUUGAGAAGAGUAAAUUGUGACAUUGUGAGAGUCAGAGUGAGGCUGUUGAACCCAGAGACAGGGAUUCAGGUAGAAGCAGAUGCUAUGCUGGACUGUGGGUGCACGAGAUGCCUAAUUACUCCCGAACUAGCAAACAGGUUGGGGGUGGAGCCAAACCCACUAAAGACACCAGUAGUCUUCGCACAAUUGGAUGGAACCCCAGCAUACGGAGUCCCAGUAACAGAAAAAAGAGGGUUUUUAAGAAUGACUAUGGGUUCUCAUGCUGAGACAUUGCAAUUUGUGAUUUCAACAAUGGCACAUCAGCCAGUCAUUUUGGGCGUUCCUUGGCUGAGAUGGCAAAACCCUCAGAUUGACUGGAAAAGGGAGACAUUUACUUUCUGGGAUGGAAAUUGCAAUUUUGAGAGUACCCCGAAAGACAUAGAGGUACUGGAGCCAGAGGGGGCGAUAGCAGCCACGUCACAGGGGGUACCAUUGGAAAGCGUUCCCAGAGUCUACCAUGAAUUCGCAGAGGUGUUCAGUGAGAAGGAGUGUGACCAGUUGCCCCCUCAUAGGAAGACGGACUGUGCAAUUGAAAUAGACCCCAAUGCCAAACUACCUAAGCCAAAACUCUAUGCAAUGUCGGAACCAGAGAAAAGGGCACUCAGAGAAUUUAUU